UAAAGCUUUUGCGCACGCCGCGUCGAGCGUCACAGAGAGUGUGCGCGCAUUGCCAAGAUGCACACACGGAGCGGCGGCGACGUCUGAAGGUGACAUGAACCUGGAGAUAAUCGAGAGCAGCAGGCGUACACCGAAUAAGAAGUGGAGAUAACAACAGAAAACCGCCGGCGCCUUGAUCCAAAAACUUGCUGCUUUCGCCGUGACUUUAUCUCGUGCGGAGAAUCAAGAGUAGCAGUCCAAAGUAAGCCUGAAAUUUUGCCUACUGCAGGAGAGGAGAUUAAAAAAAAUCGCAAUUAAGCAGUAGGGAGUCGGGAGAGGAACGAAAAUGGCGACGUUAAUCAGAAGCAAGCUGUCUAAUAAACUGUCCAACGCGGCCACGACGGUCUCCAACAAAUCCCAGGCGAAGGUGAGUGGGAUGUUCGCCAGGAUGGGCUUCCAGGCCGCCACCGACGAGGAGGCUCUGGGCUUCGCCGCGUGUGAUGACCUGGACUACGACCACAGACAAGGCAUGCAGAUGGAUAUUUUGACGUCCGAAGAGAUGGGAGGAGAGGGGAGCGGAGACGGAGCGGUGCUGGAAGGAGACAGCCACUACCAGAGAGACGGAACCGGCCCGCCGCCCUCAGCCUCGAAGGACGGAGGUCUGACGGACGAACUGGCUGAAGUCAAACCAAAAAUUACCGCCUGGGAGGCGGGCUGGAACGUCACGAAUGCAAUCCAGGGGAUGUUCGUGCUCGGUUUGCCCUACGCCAUCCUGCACGGAGGAUACCUCGGACUCUUCCUGAUUAUUUUCGCCGCCGUGGUGUGCUGCUACACGGGCAAAAUCCUCAUCGCCUGUCUGUACGAGGAGGAUGAAGACGGGCAGCUCGUGCGCGUCAGGGACUCUUACGUGGACAUUGCCAAUGCCUGCUGCGCGCCCAGAUUCCCGUCUUUAGGUGGCCACAUCGUGAAUGUAGCGCAGAUCAUCGAGCUGGUGAUGACGUGCAUCCUGUACGUGGUGGUCAGCGGCAAUCUCAUGUACAACAGCUUCCCCAACAUGCCGAUUUCUCAGAAGUCGUGGGCCAUCAUCGCCACCGCCGCCCUCCUCCCGUGCGCCUUCCUCAAGAACCUGAAAGCCGUCUCCAAGUUCAGCCUGCUGUGCACGCUGGCCCACUUCGUCAUCAACAUCCUGGUGAUCGCUUACUGCCUCUCUAGGGCGAGGGACUGGGCCUGGGACAAGGUCAAGUUCUACAUCGACGUCAAGAAGUUCCCCAUCUCCAUUGGGAUUAUCGUGUUCAGCUACACCUCGCAGAUUUUCCUGCCCUCUCUGGAGGGCAACAUGCAGAAACCCAGCGAGUUCCACUGCAUGAUGAACUGGACUCACAUCGCUGCCUGUAUCCUCAAAGGUCUGUUUGCCCUCGUGGCCUAUUUAACCUGGGCUGACGAAACCAAGGAGGUCAUCACAGACAACCUGCCCUCCACCAUCCGAGCCGUAGUCAACAUCUUCCUCGUGGCCAAAGCUUUGCUGUCCUAUCCGCUGCCGUUUUUCGCCGCCGUCGAGGUGCUGGAGAAAACCUUUUUCCAAGACGGGGGACGCGCGUAUUUCCCAGAUUGCUAUGGGGGCGAUGGACGCCUGAAAUCCUGGGGACUCACUCUCCGAUGUAGCCUUGUUGUGUUCACGUUACUCAUGGCGAUUUACGUGCCACAUUUCGCCUUGCUCAUGGGCCUCACCGGCAGCCUAACGGGGGCGGGUUUGUGUUUCCUGCUGCCCAGUCUCUUCCACCUCAAGCUUUUAUGGAGAAAGCUGCUGUGGCACCAGGUGUUCUUCGACGUGUCCAUCUUUGUAAUAGGAGGUAUAUGCAGCAUAUCUGGCUUCAUUCAUUCCAUGGAGGGCCUCAUCGAGGCUUUCAAAUACAACAUAGAAGAAUAGAGGCGUCGAUGUUCAAAUCUUCAUUUUAGUGAGAAUUGAAAAAUAAAUACAUAAAAAAAAAAACAACCAGUCACGGAAAAAGUGCAACUACCCCCCUCCCGUUUCCUGCUUAAUCCAUGCGUAAAAGCGCGCACCAGAACGCGUUUCCAGCACUCAUACUGCAGUCUCGCAUUUGAUUCACAAAAGGCCCACGCGAGUGCACGCACAAAAAAUCCGAAAGGAGUGGAGCAAUGCACCCACGAACACGGACAAUACAUAUUUGUACAAAUAAAUACAACAAAAGUACAUUUACAUAUUUUCCAGUGGAGUGAACGUUUACAAUGUUGACCUUAAAAGCGCAACGUGAGAAAAUUCACUUCAUGCAUAGAGGAUAAGAUGUGAUUUUAAUCGUGGCUUUAUUUUAAA